UUGGCUACCGAAUCUGUCAAUCAAAGUAAUCAGCAAAUCGGUCGUGUUCGCUUUCAGCCAAUCGUAUGGCCCGUUAGGUUUUCUCUGUCAUUUCUAAUCGGCAGUGGGAUGGUUCAGCGGUCCCGAAACAUGGCGGAACGGACACCCGACCGGGACCAGUCUCAGCCUCAAUCACCGAGGCGUGACAUCCUCCAAAGGCUGUAUCAUUGACUGUCCGUCAUCUUGGAGAGACAGCCUGUGGAUGCUGACUGAUGGGGGCAUUGAAGCUGCAGUAGCAGCUCUGACCAUAGAGGAUGUUGCCGAUAUUGAUCAUCGUGAAACUUUUGCUUUGGGUGAGAGGAGAUCACGGUGGAGAAAAUGUGGGCAUUGCAGAAUUAAUGUUCACAGUUCGUGCAAAUGACACCAACAGCUUCAUUGUGGGAAAGAGUCUACACAAUCAGCGGAUUGAGGGCUACGGCAAUUGGGCUUGAUCCAGAAUCCUGUUUCUGAUCCAGAGGCUUGAAAUGGAUUUAAAGAUGUUUGCUGUGCUUCAAUCAAUUUCCAUCAUUCUGAUAUCAUAACAGAAAAGUGGGAUUUUAGUUGAAAAUGAAAGGAGCUGGAGGCUGGUCUCCUCUUAUCUCAGACAGUUAUCAGUGGCUGGAGGUCGACCUUGGCGAGCGGACCAAGAUCACCGCUGUGGCCACGCAGGGGCGCUACGGCAGCUCUGAUUGGCUGACGUCCUACCUGCUGAUGUUUAGCGACACGGGCCACAACUGGAAGCAGUACCGACAGGAGGACAGUCUGGGGUCUUUUCCAGGAAACAGUAAUGCCGACAGCGUGGUUCAGCACAAGCUGCAGCAGCCCGCCGUCGCCCGCUUCCUGCGCCUCAUUCCUCUGGACUGGGAUCCCAGCGGGCGCAUCGGACUCCGGGUGGAAACCUACGGAUGCCCCUACACCUCUGAUGUGGUCAGCUUUGGCGGCGACGGCGUCAGCGGCCUGAUGUUCAGGCCCAGCGCCGGACUGAAACAGAAAUCCAAGGAGGUCGUCUCCCUGGAGUUUAAAACCAUGAAGAAUUCUGGGAUGCUGCUGCAUGCAGAGGGACAACAUGGAUUCAGCCUCAGUCUGGAACUGGAGAGAGGAAAGCUGCUGCUGCUGCUCAGACAAGCCAGCAGUCCAUCCCCUGAGCCCCAGCGUCUGGCCUCCCUCGGCAGUCUGCUAGACGACCAGCAUUGGCACCAUGUGGCGCUGGAGCAGAAACACUCCCACCUGAACCUCAGCGUGGACAAACACGUGGAGAGAAUUCACAUCCCUCUGCUCAGCAACUGGAGCAUCAGACAGUUGAGUGUCGGGGCCUCACAGAGGCCAAACUUCUUCAAGGAGAACUUCCACGGCUGCUUAGAAAACCUGCUUUAUGACGACCUCAACCUGAUCGAGCUGUCCAAACACAGAGACCCACAAACUGCCCUGCAGGGUAAUGUGAGUUUCUUCUGUCCUGAGCCGACUUCUGUUGCCGUGACGUUCCCCGAGCACCAGAGCUUCCUCCAGCUGCCGUGGUCAACAUCAUUGCCAUCUGGGACUUUGUCCAUCGGAUUCCAGUUCAGGACGUGGAACAAGGCGGGGCUUCUAACCACCUUUGACCUCCCUCAGCAGAAAGGAGUGGUCUGGUUGUACCUCAGUGAGGCCAGACUCUGCCUCCAAAUACAUAAAGCAGGCAAAAAACUGUUGGAACUCAGCGCUGGCUCUGCUUUGAAUGACGGUCAGUGGCACUCCAUAGCUGUUAUCUCAAGACUCGGUCAUCUGACAGUCUCUGUGGAUAAAGACAAAGGCGGCGUCGCUCACACGACCUCACCGGUACCAGUCAACAUAGAUAACCAGAUUUUCUUUGGAGGUUGUCCCGGUGAAGGCCAGAAGCAGGAAUGCAGAAACCCUUUUGAAGGUUUCCAGGGUUGCAUGCGUCUCAUUUCCUUGGACAACCAAUUAGUUAACCUGAUCGCGGUCCAGCAAAGACUUCUGGGAAACUACAGCCAACUGCAGAUCGACAUGUGUGGCAUCACUGACAGGUGUUCUCCCAGUCACUGUGAACACGGCGGCGUCUGCACUCAGUCCUGGACGGCCUUCCAGUGUAACUGCUCAGACAGCGGCUACAGCGGAGCGACCUGCCACAGCUCGGUGUUCGAACCGUCCUGCGAAGCCUACAAACACAACGGCAACACGUCGGGGUAUUUUCAUAUUGACGUGGACGGCAGCGGGCCGAUCAAACCCCAGCUGGUCUACUGCAACAUGACAGAGGAAAACACCUGGUUGGUGAUCCAGCACAACAACACCGAGCUGACCAGAGUGCGUCCGUCUCCCGGUGUAAACCAGCAGGCAGUACGCUUCCAAUACUCGGCUGAGGAGGAGCAGCUCCUGGCUGUCAUCCACCAAUCAGAGCACUGCCAGCAGGAGCUGUCAUACCGCUGCAGGAAGUCCCGCCUCCUCAACACUCAAGAGGGCUCUCCGUUCAGCUGGUGGCUCGGUGGUCCCAGUCCCGGUCGGGUCCAGACUUACUGGGGAGGGGCUCAUCCAGGCAGCCGGCAGUGUGCCUGCGGCCUGCAGGGCAACUGUGUGGACCUGCAGCACUACUGCAACUGUGACGCCGACCGCGGCGAGUGGUCUGAAGAUUCAGGACUGGUCACCCACAAAGGGAACCUCCCGGUGCGGUCCCUGGUGCUGGGUGAUGUCCAGAGGCCGGGCUCAGAGGCAGCCUACAGAGUGGGACCUCUCCGUUGCCGUGGCGACGAAAACUUCUGGAACGCGGCGUUCUUCGACAAGGAGACGUCGUACCUUCACUUCCCCACCUUUCACGGAGAGCUGAGCGCCGACAUCUCCUUUCUCUUUAAAACCACGGCCUCCUCCGGGGUGUUCCUGGAAAACCUGGGCAUCAAAGACUUCAUCCGCAUCGAGCUGAGCUCCUCCACUCAGGUUGUUUUCUCGUUCGAUGUUGGGAAUGGCCCGCUGGAUGUUUCGGUCAACUCCAGCAUCCCCCUGAACGACAACCGGUGGCAUCGGGUUCGAGCCGAACGCAACGUCAAAGAGGCCUCGCUUCGACUGGAUGAACUUCCUGUGGUUGUGCAGAAGGCGCCGGCUGACGGACACUUCCACCUACAGCUCAACAGCCAGCUGUUCAUAGGAGGAACAGCGUCCAGACAGAAGGGCUUCCGCGGUUGCAUCCGCUCUCUGCAGCUGAACGGCGCCACUCUGGACCUGGAGGAGAGAGCCAAGAUCACGCCGGGGGUCCGGCCCGGCUGCCCGGGUCACUGCAGCAGCUACGGCUCGCUCUGCCACCACCAGGGCCGCUGCGUGGAGAGAGACAACGGCUUCCACUGCGACUGCAGCCAGUCGGCUUACAGCGGAGUCUUCUGCCACACAGAAGUUUCAGCCGUCUUCAAGCCUGAAACAUCCAUCAGCUACAUCUUCAAGGAGCCUUUUGAGUUCAGCCGGAACAGCAGCGCUUCACCCCCCUCCCUCCACUCCACCAUGGCACCAAAGGGGGAGGACAUCUCUCUGAGCUUCAGGACGACCCAGAGUCCGGCUCUGCUGCUGCUGGUCACCGCCGUCCGCAGACAGUUCCUGACUCUGCUCAUCAACAAGCACGACCUUCUGGAGGUGAGAUACAAGCUGGACAGCAGCCGAGAAGCUGAAGUGCUGAGGAGCAGUGGGAGGAGUCUGGCUGACGGACAGCUGCACUCACUUCACAUCAGGAGGCUGACGGACUCUGUGUCUGUGCAGGUUGAUCAAACUCCCAGAGAGGAGUUCAACCUCACUUCCUACGGAGAGUUCCUGGACAUCCGGGCUCUUGUUCUGGGCCGAGUGCAGGGUUUUGAGGACUUGGAUCCAGACCUGACCCGGUUCGGGUCCCUGGGUUUUAGCGGUUGUCUGUCAGUGGUUCGCUUUAACUCCAUCACCCCCCUGAAGGCGGCUCUUCUGCAUCCGGACACCAGCCCUGUUGUCAUCUCCGGACCUUUAGUGCAGUCCAGUUGUGGUUCUGCAGCUUCUGCCAACCCAUAUGCAGCUGAGAACACACACCGCCUGUCAGACGAUCCCGGCUCGAUGGGCUCAGGCCAACCUUUAGUCAACGCCAUGAAGACGGACUCCGUUCUGAUUGGAGGUGUCAUAGCUGUGGUCAUCUUUGUGGUGGUGACCAUCCUGGCCAUAACUGCCCGAGUCCUGUACCGGAGGAAAGAGACGUACCGCAGCCAGGAGGUGAAGGAGGUGAAACAGGAAGACAGUCAGGAUUUCCAUUACAACAACCAGGCUGACUCCCAGAACGUCUCCAGGGAAAACCCCAAAGAGUUCUUCCUGUAACCUGAGGGGUUCCGGAGCGCCCUGCCUCAGGACUUCACAGCGAGCCGCUCAUGCACUUCCAUGGACGCUGCGGCUCCACACAGCCAAGGGCGCACAAACACAGAAAGAAGCGCCCGGUUUUGUGUCUCACUGUAAAUUGUGUACAUGGCAGCACUGAGGGGUGUUCUCGUUCCAACAUGUGUAGAUAUUCCUACUGUAAAUGUUGUAGUUCUGCCACAGUAAAAGUUCCUGUGAGUUAACUUAUUUCUCCAUCGCGCCGAGUGCUUCGUGUGAUCUGACUGCAGACUCUUUUCUACCAAGAAUCCGUGAAUAUUUGCUUCGUUUGAAAGGGAAGAUUUUACCUUUAAUCAGGCUCUGUAGAGGGGCACGUCAGCCGGAGCUGCUCUUAAAUCCUUUUUAUUCUGCACACCGCUUCUGGGGAAUUAAAGGAUGCACACAGCAGAGGUUUUUAGGCGCUUAUUGAACACCUUAAUCCUGAGAUUAUUCCUAAAAACGCCCACUCAGAGCAGAAAAAUCAAGAUCUUUACAUGUUUUCUAAAAAGAAUUGGCAUGUUCAUGUUCAUCUAAUUAAGCCACUAAUUACUGUGAGUGAUAGAUUCAUAAUGAAGUUAAUAAACCUGUGUCAGAGUGUUUUUAUAGAGUGGGGACAGUAAAGGGUUAUUUUAGUGUCUUGCCUAAAGCCUCCCUUAAUUUUCUGACUCACCGUGGAUAUUUAGUUUGAAAAAGCAUCACGUUAUGACGUUUUAUUUCAACACGAGCAGGAUUCUGUUUAGCACAAAGAAAGUUCUGUGUUUGCUCCGUCAUUUCACUGUGAUUCAACCAAACUGUGUUUGAAAAUAAUCCUGAGGAUGUUCGAAAGCUUCUAGAACACGAGUCAAAGUCGAGGCCCGGGGGCCAAAUCCGGCCCUCGCGGUAAUUAUAUUAUAAUUAUAAAUUAUCAGGGCCUUGACUUUUUUUCUGCCUCAAUAAUGAGGCAAAAAAGUAUUUGCUAGUCAAGAUUCUGCGAUUGUCCCUCUUGAAAAGCUGAGUUUGGUCAGAGAUACGCUUUCACUGUGAGGAAAUCAAUGGAGAAAAAAAUAGAAUUCAGCAAAAUCAUAUUGUAUGAUUAGUGGGGCAGAAUCAGUAGCUGUGUGUACGUGUGCAAAAUGCCAGUGAUGUUUAAACACAACAUCUUGAACAUACGUUAACUUUUCAACCGUUAACACGAUCAACGUCAUUCCAGUAGAUUUUAAAGGAGAAAAGCGGCUCGACGAGGAACAAGUUUUGUUAUAAACAAGUUUGGCUGUAGUUUACGUGCAGUCAGUCUUCUGAGCGUGCUUUUAUUUGAUCUUUUUGAAAGGGACUUUUCACACAUAUAUUCGUGUGGCAAGUUCUGAAAAUGUUUCCUGGACCCAGAGGAAGGGUUAUGGUUAGGGUUAACAUGUGCAACUAACAACAACAUUCAGCCUUGGAUGCUCUUAAAAUCUGUGCAGACAGUGCAGCAAUUUUUUGGGGGGGGUAACAAAUUUACAUGAUUGUUUGCACAGUUUCAAAGGACUGUUGGAGAAGAAUUUCCGUAUUCAAAAGCCACCUCUGGAGCUAACACAUUGUCCCAAAGCCGCUCCACUGCUGAGGGACACAGUUUUAAUGAGUACGGCAGCCGGACUGACUGCGCUCAGAAGCUUCCCCUGGUGACAACACCAUAACAAAACACCCUCCAGUGCUUGCAGACACGGUUCUACAGAGUCCAGCUUCUCUGUUUAGAGACACGGUUCUACAGAGUCCAGCAGCUCGCUGCUUGUGCAGAGCGGCCGGACUGACAGCACUCUGAAGCCUCCUCUGGAGCGAACACCAUAAUGAAAGACCUUCCCGCGUUUGGAGACACGAAGAGACGGAGUCCGGCUGCUCUGUUUGGAGACAUAGUUCCACAGAGUCUGGCAGCUCACUCAUGUAGAGCAGCUUGUUCGUGCUCCAAAGUCUCCUCCGGAGCGCACACUGUUUAUGCAUAUAAUGACUCACAGUUAGAAUAAGUGUUUACAUGCACUGCAAUAGGCAAAACCCGCCUAUCUCGUUCAGAAGGAAAUCUUGAUCCGAAUAAUCCCAAUCGGGUCAGAAUAUUCUGUAUGCAUGUUUACAUGACACAUUUCUAUUCUGAUCAGGUGUUUAAUCGAUUUCUUGUGUCCAUGUAAACACAGCUAAUGACUCCCAAAUACUUCUUUGCCCCACUAUACAGACACUUUUCUGCACAAACAGAAACAGAACUCAUCCAGGAGGACAAAAGAAGCCGAACAACAUGAGAAGAAGUGCAGAGUUCUUGAUUCAGCAGUGAAAAAGAGACAAGAAAUGAAUGAGCGGAAGAUUACACUAAAAAAAACAAUGAUUUAUUUAUUUCAGAUUUACACUUUAAAAGAAAAAAUAGGAGAAAAUUUGCUGCUAGAAAAAAAUCAUUUUAGAAAAAACAUAAGAUAUCCCACAAUCCUUUGAGACAAAAGAUGAACUUUCUGAAAAAUUUCAAUUUAUUACAUCUGCAGAAAAUAUUCUCACUGCAGUCGUCAAACACGGUGGUGGUAGUGUCAUGAUUUGGGCAUGCAUGUUCUUAGAUUGAUUGUUUGUUUUGUUAAAUCAAUCCUAAAUCACACAAUAAUAUCACACAAGAAGUUAUUGUGACCCACAGAAAGUGCCAUUCAGACACCUCCUGCAGGGGGAUUUUAAAAACUGAUUCUUUUUCAGUUAAAGAAAAAAAUGAUUAAUAGUAAAACAGUAAAUGGCAAAUUAAUGCACCAAAAGACAAAAUGCAGUUAAAAAACAAAUAUGUAAAUGUUAAUACAUUUUGAGACUGUAACUUGAAAGAAGUGAAAUGUCUACACCUGUGAUGAAAACAGCAGAAGACUGCAGUUCAAACGACAGCAACUCUUGUUCUUAGAUGAUGACUAUGUUUGAUUCAUAUUUUUGUACUUAAUAUCUGCUUUGUUCUUCAUUGACUUUAUCUAGUUUUCCAAGUGAUUCUAACAAUUCUGAUUUGUCAAAAAUGCUUAAAAGAUGCUUAAAUUCCUUUUUUUGGCCAAUUUAUUUCCCACAAUUUAUGUCACAAAUUUGCAAUUUACCAUUUAAUCCAGGACUCCCCCUAAUUUACCAUCACUUUAAAUUAAGACUUUGUUCUAAAUAAUUCAAAUAAAUGUAGGCAUAAAGAGGAUAACUAUAUUUUUGUGGUGAAUUUUGUCCUAAAACCAUAAAUGCUAAUUUACAUUCCCUAUUACGUUUGCUCACACCAUAAGGAGCAGUAAGUUGCAUCAGCACAGGUAGUUCAGAACAUUUGGUGAUCAUUUUUCUUCAAUCCUCUGCUGCUGUGUUGCACAUCUCAGAAAUCUAUAUAUAUUGAUCAGUAGUCAUUCCUGUUUCCUAAAGAAGUUCUUUACAGAUUUUCCUUAAAGGCUAAAAGAAUUUCUUAGUUUCAGUUUAAUUAGUUUCUCUUUUUAAAUUGAGCAUCAUUUUCCCAGCUUUCCAGUGACAGCUCGUGCAGGUUGCUCGCUGCGUUGUUGAAGUCGUCUCUUCCCCGCUGUUUGCUGCUUGCAGGAAACUUCUCUGUGAGCUGUCUUAAUGUCUGCCGAACAGUAAAGCUUUUAACUCUGACAGUCGGCGGCACGCAGAGGCAGUUAAUGUGCUGUCGAGGUGCUAAUCGGCUUCGAUCGGACAGGUGGUUUGUGAUUCAGUGUCAAGCAGGGAGAGAUGAUGAGAAGGAGGCAGGAGGAAAAAAAAAACGUGGUUAAAACGAAAACACAUUAUGAUAUUUGCACUAGAAAAUGAGGCGAAUGGCUCCAAGUGUGAACGGAGCUUGUGUGCUGAUGGGAAGAGGAUGAGAAGCCGAGGGGAUCCGCAGCAGCUGUUUCUCCACACGUGCCAUCGUCUCCAUGGCAACCCACUGAUUCAACUUUAACGGCUUAAGUUAUUCAAGAGCACCUUCCUGCUUUUUUGUUGCGGUCCUCUGAGAUGACGUUUCCUGCUCAGUAAAUACGACCAAUAUGAUGAGUACAUAUGAACAUCACAGCCUGAAAGUCUUGGGGACUGAAACAGCUGGACUGCACGCCGCGCGAGGAGACGGGGACCCAGAGAGCUGCUGCUUUAUUAGGUGAAUCUGCAGAAGAACGUCAGCAGCAGGACACAAACGGAUGCUGAGAGGAGGACGAGCAGAGGAGACUCACUGAUGCUCAAAGAGUCUUUCAUCUGUUCACAAGUUUAGAAAGACUUUCUUCUCAUUCUAGUUUUAAUGCAUAUAAGAUGUUUAAAACCUUUGUGAAGGAUGGGUUUUCCUUACAUUUAGGAUCACACAAGAGGGAAUUUCAGUUGGGAAUUUGUGAAAACUGCUUGAAGGUUAUGCUGUGUAUGCAUUAACCCUUUCACUCCAGAGCUGCAGUGUAUCUUCUUUGAUUUAUUCACAUUCACACUGUUGUGAGUCUCCAGCUCCUUUCAGUAAGUUUUUCAGGAUGUAAAAACUCAAUUUUAAUCAAAAUGUCCAGCUCGUUCAGGACAUUACUGCUUGUAUUUUUGUAUUCAUAAAUGUUAUAGCUUCUGAAAUAUUGAGUGAAAUAUGCCCCAUAGAAAGUGAAUAAGAAAUGUUCAAAUUCUUCAUAAACUUUGUGCACUUUGAAACCAUGAUUUACAGUAAUGUUUCAAUAAUUUGGUAAUGAGCUGGUAUAUUGGUAUUGUAAUAGCUCAUUUUUUGGUAAUUUGGCAUCUGUUGAGGUAUUUUUAUGCUAAUUUUAUCUGAUAUUUAGCAACUAACAUUUUUUCAGCUAGUUUGUUAUCCGGUGAGAUUUGUUAGCUACUCUUGAGUUCAGCUAAUACUUUAGCAACAUGCUAAAGUUUGUUGACUAUUUUUUUUAUCCACUGAGGUUUGUUAUCUACUCUUGAGUUCAGCUAAUACUUUAGCAACAUGCUAAAGUUUGUUGACUAAUUUUUUAUCCACUGAGGUUUAUCUACUUUUGAGUUCAGGUAAUAUUUUUUAGAAAUUUAGGCCAACUUCACCGGUCUUUCAUAGUUCUUUAACAAAAUUACAAGUCUUUUAGGAAAUUUUGCAUUUUCCAAAUAGCUUUUGCUCUUUCAGCAAAUCCCUUCAGCAAUUAGAGCAAAACACUUAAGAAUCUGCAUUAUCGUAGGUAAUGCAACUCUCUAGUUGUUAUCUUUUUGACGACACUUUGGUAAUUGUGAUGUCACACCUCAUCAUUUUAUAGCAGCUUAACAGUGGUGAGGCUGGCAGAGAACCUAACUGCAUCCUACCAAGACGUGGCACACGCUUGGUAAGAAAUGUUGUGUAUUUCUUCUCCUUUGCUCCCACUGGUGGCAGAAAUGUGCAUUGCAGUCAUUUCUUUAAAAACCAUAACCCGCUUCAGGAAUGGGCUAGAAACUUGCUUUUUUUUCCUCAACAUGACUGGGCCAGAUUAACCCAUAUGGCCGGAUGUUUGGCACCUCUGAUUGAGAUAUUUUCUAUGGUGGCAGAGAACCGCCAUUGCAGGAAAAAAGUAACAGUAAAAAAAAAUAAAGAAACUGUGCAAAAAUAAGAAAAAAGCUUUUUUUUUUUGCAGUUACUUUUUCAUCAGCAAAAUUGUUUAAAUGUGUUUUCUGAAUCUUUGUCUUUUUUAUUUUUACUUUUUAAUUGAAAUGUUGAAAGUGUUGCCCAUAAAGAAGACAGUUUGUACAUUUUAAUUUAGUUAACGUUUUAUUUUAGUUUUUUUUUAACAACUUGUAGUGUUAAACCUUUAUUUUAAGAUGGUUCAGUCUGGUUCUGCAACAGAAUUUAAAUCUGAAUUUUCAGUUUUUCUUGCACCACAUUUCUCUCAAGAGAUUCAGCUUGAUAGUUUUCCUUUAAUUACAGAAAAAGUCACCAGAUCCUCUUCCUCAUGCAGAAACAAUGUCUAGAUUUGAUCUAAAACAAGUCAUAUGUAAAUCCUACAAUAAAGUUUGAUAUUUGCAUUUAAAAAUGUCCUUCAUUAACAAACAUCAGAGAUCAAGGCACAAAAUAUUCAGAUUAAACAUAAAAAUGUAUUUAAAUAAAGGUAGCAGUGUAUUAACAAUUGCAUCGCUAUUAUUUUGAAAGGGUGUUGUACUUUUAUUAUGUUUAUAACGGUUUAAAUGUGUUUCCUGAAUUUUUGUAUUUUUUUUAUUUACAUUUUGAAAAUGUUAAGACGGUUUAAUGCACUUUUAUUUAGUAAAAGCUUCAUUUUCAGAGGAUGUAUUGAGGAAUUGAGUGUGUGUUGAUGUGCUGCUGAAUCCGAUUUCUAAGUGCAUUAUUUUGCUCCGCCGACCCUUUUUUAUGACAGAAUUGAACCGUGUUCCUUUGUAAACACAUAAAAGCGAGUGUGGGCGUCGUCAUGCCGGGGCGGUUUUCUCUUUUUUAAAAGCCAGUGGUGUGUUUCUCCUCUAACAGUGUUCUUAACUUAAAGCGUCGUCCGAUCAUGUAACUGCACAAUAACAGUGAUGUGGGUGUGAUUAAUUCCACGUAGAAAUAAAUAUACACAUUUUUUGCCAAGAAAUCUGGAUAUUUGUUGACAAUAAAAAACAUGAUUUUGUUUCUGGGUUAUGUUUGUUUUUGUUUUUUUCUUGGCUGCAGGUCUGAGAUGAGUCACUGAAAGCGGAACUGUUGCUCUGAGAGGAAACAUUCAAAUGUGACGAGAAAAAAUUUGGGAAAAAAUGGUCAAAAGCAGGAUGGUGUGCAUGACACCCUAACAAAAAAAAAAAAAA